AUGAUCGCCGAUAGGUUCCAAGUGGCCGGGGAAGAGGUCGUCUACACCUGCGACAAGAAACCCCAUGAGCUGGGAAUUGUUACAAGGAAUUACUCGUUCGCGAAUGAUGACAAUGAGGAAGUCGACAGAAGUGGUCUGCUUUCGUCAAAAAUGAGUUUGAAUGUGUCUGUGAUACGAAAGAUCGGCUCACACUCGCCAAAUGCCAGCCCUUGGUUUCCAAAGAAGGUUGUCGUACUGACUGAUAAACGUCGCAUCGAAACCAUGGCCUGGGCUCAUAGUUCAGGCAAGUUAUUUUGUGAAGCUCCUUAUGCAGAUUUGAUUCAGCAAACUAAAGUAUCAAACGACUCUUCUACAAUUGAUGAUCUUGACAUUGCCCCUUGCACCUCCUCACAGGACUCCGAUCCGUCUCUGUCUUCCAUCAAUGCCUCCUCGUGGUACACCUCUCAUAGUUCCUCUGUGCCUCCGUCUGACUCCACUGAACCGUUUCAGAUGAGCGCAAUUAAUAUUGAGGGUGAAAUCGACGAUAAUUCAUUGUGCAGGCCUGGGCAGUCUUUACCGUCUGGUGACCAAGCAGACAAUGAAAAGGUUAGGUAUUGGAUGGCGACUUUUAAAAAAUGUCACUGCGUCUCUACACCGUAUUCGAACAUCCUCUAAUU